CCCGGGCCCUCACCGCCAGGCGCGGGGGGGGGCGCGGCCGCAUCCCGGAAGCGCGUCGGGCCGGCCGGAAGAGGAGGCCGGGAGGAGAAUGGCGGAGGGGGAGGUGUCCGAGGGCUGCCGCCUGCCCGUGCUGCGCCGUAACCAGGACAACGAGGAUGAGUGGCCGCUGGCCGAGAUCCUGAGCGUGAAGGACAUCAGCGGCAGGAAGCUGUUCUACGUGCACUACAUCGACUUCAACAAGCGCCUGGACGAGUGGGUGACCCACGACCGGCUGGACCUGAAGAGGGUCCAGGUGCCCCGCAAAGAGGCCAAGACCCCCACCAAGAACGGCCUGCCCGGCUCCCGGCCCGGCUCCCCCGACAGGGACCCGAGGAAGAGCCUGGAGCUGGCGCUGCCGGUGGCCCCCGCCAGCGGGAAGAGUUUGCCAGGGCCACCGGGGCCGGCGGCGGGGCCGAUCACGCUCCGCUUCCACCUGCCCAAGGAGAGCGAGGCCGAGCCCCCCCCGGGCCCCCAGCGCCCCACGAAGCGGAAGGUCGAGGUGGUGUCACCGGCCACACCCGUCCCCGCCCCCACCGAGACCUCCCAGGCCUCCGUCUUCCCCCAGAACGGCUCCGCGCGCCGGGCGGUGGCGGCUCAGCCGGGCCGGAAGAGGAAAUCGGCUUGUCUGGGGACAGACGAGGACUCGCAGGACUCCUCGGACGGCGCUCCCUCGGCCCCCAGGAUGACCGGCAGCCUGGUGUCGGACCGCAGCCACGACGACAUCGUCACCAGGAUGAAGAACAUCGAGUGCAUCGAGCUGGGCCGGCACCGCCUCAAGCCCUGGUACUUCUCCCCGUACCCGCAGGAGCUCACCGGGCUCCCGGUGCUUUACCUGUGCGAGUUCUGCCUCAAGUACGGCCACAGCCUGCGCUGCCUGCAGAGGCACCUGACCAAGUGUGACCUGCGGCACCCCCCCGGCAACGAGAUCUAUCGCAAGGGCACCAUCUCCUUCUUCGAGAUCGACGGCCGCAAGAACAAGAGUUAUUCCCAAAAUCUUUGCCUCCUGGCCAAAUGUUUCCUGGAUCACAAAACCCUUUACUACGACACCGACCCUUUCCUCUUCUACGUCAUGACCGAGUACGACUGCAAAGGUUUCCACAUCGUGGGCUACUUCUCCAAGGUGGGGGAUUUUGGGGGGAUUUUGGGGGGAUUUUGGGGC